UUCGCAACUGCGUGUUUUCUUUAUUUCUGCCUGAAAUUCGAUCCAGUGAAAAGUGGCAGAAAGUUUUCUUUCUGUACAUUUCGUGUCACUGCGCUCUAUAUUUUGUACGAGAUUUUCUUCGUUGGCAAAAAUCAAGUGAAAUAGUGAUUAAUACACAGAUGAGCCUUGAAACUGGACGGCUCGUUUAGUUGGUGGUAGCAAGAAUAGAAAAUAAAAGAUUCGGAUAUUUUGCGACAUGUCAUACCGAAUUUUAAGGAAACUGCAGGGCAAUGAGCUGGAGAUCAAGGAACCGAUUGACGAGAUCUCAGACGGUGCGGAUGCGGACUACGAUACCAACAGUAUUGGCAGCCAGAGCCGAAAGAAAAUAAAUAUCAAUCGAUUCGAUCUGCUAAAUCAACAGCAAUCGCUCUCGGAGAGCGAAUUCAAAGAGGACGACAAUGAUGAAACUGAACGUGACGGAGCCGGAGGAAUGAAGAACAAUAAUCUGAUAGAGUUGAAGAAGAAGAAAAAGAAGAAGAAGAAGCGAACGGGAAAAUAUGUAUCGAGUUCGGCACGACGUAGCAGUGAAGAUAAUGCAGAUGCGGAGGAUGAUUUUACCAAAACUGUCAAGGAGGUUGAUAAACUGUUCGCAGACCGCUACGAGCGGUCCGAGAACAGUCCAGCUGUGGCAAACAACGCCUCUAGCCAUGGCUCGGCUGGAUCUACAGCGAAGGUUCUGCUUUCGGUUCAACAUAAAAACUUAAACUCGCAACAUGAGAUGAAGCGAAUGUUCGGAAGCAAGGUCGUAACCGACCAGCAAAACAAACGCCGAAAUAAUCGUGGUGCGCCACGUAUUUUAAAAUCCACCUAUCUGGUGAAUCCAAAGGAUAAUUGGCCUCCUGUUGGCAAAUCCGGAAUCUAUAUGAACUUAGUGCAAGCUCCAGAGCAAUCAGCUGGCACUAGUAGCUCCGGCACAAUAAAAGGAACAGUCGAUAAAAAUGUGGUAUACUUUGCCUUCGAGCAUAGUCCAUCGUAUCGACUAAUACAGCAAAAGUUUCUUCAUGCGGUCGAGAGUAUGGACUCAGAUAACAUCAUCAAAAUAAUUAACCAGCAUCCGUAUCAUGUGGAUUCAUUGAUUCAGUUGAGCGAGUUGUGCAAAAUGUCCGAAGAUCACGCAAUGGCAUCGGAUCUGAUUGAACACGCACUGUUUGCGCUGGAAUCAUCGUUUCAUACGAUGUUUAGCUUGACUCAGGGAACUUGUCGGCUGGAAUAUCGCCGACAGGAGAACCGUGCUUUUUUCAUAACACUAUUUAAGCACUCCCAGUAUCUGGAGUCUCGGGCUUGUUCCAGAACUGCAUUGGAAGUAGCCAAGCUAAUCCUGACGUUUGAUCCCGUGAACGAUCCACUUGCAAUAAUCCUGAUUAUCGAUUAUUACGCAAUUCGUGCCAAACAGUACGAGUGGUUCGUUCAACUGUACGACGAGUGGGAGAUGACCAACAAUCUGUCACAGCUUCCAAACAUGGCUUACUCUUACGCGCUGGCGUUGUUCCAUCUGAAACGAACGGAUGAAGCCGAUCGGGCUUUGCAGUAUGCGCUACUGAUGUUCCCUGCGGUGCUGCGAAUGCUGUUGGACGAACUUUCCAUUCAGCCAGAUCCGCGUGUCAGUAGUCACAGCUUCUUUGCUGCAAACUCCUACGAUAAGGCGACGGUUGCACUGCAACAGCUUGUUUCGAUGUAUAUCUGUCGCUCCAAGCUGGUCUGGAGGGAUGCCGAAAUUUUACCGUGGCUUGAACGGAAUGUAAAUACUGUGUUGGAUCGAGUGGAUGCUAAGGAUGAAAUUGUAGCUGACUAUACCAGCAAAAGAAAUCAAAGGUACAUGAAUCCCCCGCGAGCCAUUCUUCGGCACAUUGUACUCUCCGAUUUUAAGGAGAAGGUUCCGUUGGCUCAAUUUAUCAAGAAAGAGACAGAACCAGUUUUGAUGUACGAUCCGCUACCGCCUUUGGACUCGAUCAAUAUCUACAAGAGGCCAACGAUCAGCCCAACUGCUCGUACGAUGAUCAACGCUUCGCCAUUUUCGAUGUUCUUUCAAUCACUUCUGCCCAGCUUUAGUCUGCAACAACAGCAACAGCAGCAACCCGGUCAGGUUGCAAAUCGUAACCGGGAGGCAAUGGAAGGACCAGCAGUUGCUGGAGCAGCAGCUGGUGACGGAGCGAUUGCCGGACUGCAGGCGUACACAAACUCGCUAAAUUCGAUAGUGGAUGCCAUGCGAGACUUUUUGUCGGACAUUCGGGUGUUGGAGCGGCCCAACGAUGCUGAUGUCGAUGACGACGGGAGCACCGAUGAAGACGAGCAGAAUAACUAUCUAACGUAAGCAGAAAUGAAAAGAACUUUAGAAGGCUUUCUUGUCCCUGGUAAGUGAUAGUGAUUUUUUUUUAUUUUUCUACAACAUUUUUGAUCCAGGAUUACGACAAAAUUAUUCGUAAAUGUGAUUACUAAAUUAUCGUCAUUCAACACAAGAAGUAAUCGAGUCUUUAGAAGAUAAAUAGUUUAAAUACUUUGCUCACUUUUUUGAUAAAAUCGUAUUGUUUGUGUACUGUUGUCUACAACUAAAUAUAUCACUGUUGAGUUUGAAUGUAUACACCAUACUUUUAGCCUCAUUAUUAAUCCUUCAUUUUGAAGGCACAUUUAAUCAGUGUCAGCAAUGUUAAUCGAAGCUUCGCGCAAAAUUAUCAAUAUUGUUGCAAGUUCAAGCAAGUGUGUAAUUUCCAUCACAAAAGCUAUACGGUGGUGCUUUCGGAAAUGCACUCCGAGUCAUUCCAGGAGGGUUUGCUGCCCUUUUGAUCGUUUCGUUCUAUCUGCCAUUCUCGCUCUCAUUCCGGUUCGGUUCGGAGUAGCAUUUGCGAAAACAUACAAAAUAAAGCGAAGAUAAACGGUUUUUGACAUCCACUUAAUGCACAUAUAAAACAAUAAAUACAUUUUCAAAUAAUUGCGUCUAUUGUCAUCAACGUGAAAUACAUGCCGUAAAACAGAAGUUUUAAAGUUAGUGUCCUGCUUCCAAUCAGGAAACUGGUUGGAAUCAAGAUUACAUAUUUAUCAAAAGACAAAAUCAAAUCAAUUGACUAUAUAUUUCAUAUACGUUACGCUAGUUGGAGCACGUUGCAAUCAGCAAAAAUAUGAGUAAAAAGUUGCUAGUAUUUUAUUGAACUCUAUUUAUCACUAUUCGUUCCGACAUAAAGAAAACAAAUUGUAUUUACUGAUACAAAUUAACCCAGAUGAUAUAAUCUUGAUAAAGUAUGCUUAACGAUGGUUUGGCACAUCGGAAUGUAAUGAAUAAACUCUAUCAAUGCGUAUAAAAGAUCACCUACGUA